AUGGGCGACGUGUUCUGCAUCUGCCCUUCGUUCCGCGCCGAAAAGUCCCUCACCCGCCGCCACCUGUCCGAAUACACCCACAUCGAAGGCGAACUCGACUUCAUCACGUUCGAAGACCUUCUUAAUCACAUCGAGCUCAUACUCACAAGAGUCAUUGAGCACACCCUCUCCGACCCAAUCAUCGCCGGGUACAUCAAGGCCCUCAACCCUGACUUCCAGCGCCCGUCCACACCAUUCAAGCGACUCCGCUACGCCGACGCCAUCACAUGGCUCAACGAGCACAACAUCCUGAACGAAGACGUCGAGGAGGGUGAGGAGCCUCGUCCACACGUCUUUGGUGACGAUAUAGCUGAAGCAGCGGAGCGGAAGAUGGUCGACACUAUGAAUGUGCCAGUCCUACUGACGCACUUCCCUCACGAGAUCAAAUCGUUCUAUAUGCCGAGAGAUCCAGAGGACAACCGCGUGACAGAAAGCGUGGACGUGCUCAUGCCAGGUGUGGGAGAGAUUGUCGGAGGCAGUAUGAGAAUGAGCAACGUGGAUGACCUUCUGGACGGUUUUAAGCGACAUGGUAUCCCGACGGAGAGCUACUACUGGUACAUCGACCAGCGAAAAUACGGCACUUCACCUCACGGUGGCUACGGUAUGGGCCUCGAGCGUCUUCUUGCCUGGCUCUGUGGUCGCUACACUGUCCGUGAAUGCUGCCUGUACCCUCGGUUCAUGGGUCGGGCUACCCCUUGA